CGGCGAUGAAGGGGGUCUUGCAUAGCUUCUUUAUUUCAACCGGGAUAGCUCCAACGUCUUCAGACAUGGCUCCAAGCUCCCUGUGACAACAACACAACUCACGGACACAGGGUAUAUGCGGUCUCUAUGUCCGCGGGCCUUGUUCGUGAAGGUGGCAAAAAAUGCCACCGUCCGGAGGUUUGCGACUGAAGCAGCGAAGGUGGAGGACAGUGUCUGGUCCUGGAACGUCAAGCUAUCGGAGUAUGGCCGGAGUGGGAGGGUGUCCGAUGCGAAGCGGACGUUCGACAGGAUGGAGCAGCGGACUGUUGUUUCGUGGAACGCACUGAUCACUGCGUUUGGUCGACAUGGCAAGUGUGUCGAGGCUGCCAAGAGCUUGUUCGACAGAAUGCCGCGAUGGAGCGGCAUAUCAUGGACAGUGAUGAUCGCGGCUUAUGGCCUCCGAGGCCAGGUAGAGGAUUCCAGAAAGCUGCUGCGGACUAUUCCCGAGCCAACUUUCGACGCCUGGGGUGCAACCAUAGCAGCCUGCGCACAAAACGAUCAGAAGGAGCUGGCGUUUGAGCUGCUGAAGCUCAUGGACCUGGAAGGGAUGAAACCGUCGCAGAGCACGCUGUCGAUAGUUCUAUCCGCUUGUGCUAAGGCCGGGGCUCUGAGGGACGGGAAGCUCGUCCACCAGAGCUUUCUACUCGCCGGAGAAGCGCCGCUCGACGUCGUCCUGGGGAACGCGCUUGUACACAUGUAUGGGAAGUGUGGCUGCUUGGAGCUCGCCAAGAACGUCUUUGCCGAGCUAGAGACGCCGAACACGAUAAGCUGGAGCUCUUUGGUCGCUGCAUACGCUCGAGGAAGCAAAGGCAGCAGCGCACUGGAAAACUUCUGGAAGAUGAGACUGGAAGGCAACGAUCUAGACCAGAUUGCCUUCACCAACAUUCUAUCGGCUUGCAGCCACGGGGGGCUCUUGAGACAUGGCUGGACGUUUUUCAACUCCAUGGUCGAGGACCACUGCAUUGCUCCGACGCUGGAACACUUCUCGUGCCUCAUCGACCUCCUCGGUCGCAUUGGUCAGGUGGAUGCGGCCGAGGACCUGUUGAAGUCGAUGCCGACGAAAGCCGAUGCUGCGUCGUGGAGGUGUCUGCUGGGUGCUUGCCGGAGCCACAACGAAGUCGGGAUUGGUACUCAUGCUCACGGCCAUGCUUCGACGAUAGAUUCAGGCGAUUCAAGUGCGUAUGGACUCCUGUCCAGCAUACACAGGGCCGGGACCUCUUUUCACUGAGUUCCAACAGCGCAAGCUUCCAGCACGCAGGUAUUUUAUUCUGAAAGCUAGGUUUCUACCGUUUUCAAACAGAAGCAGUUCAGGAUUUCGGAUGAAGGCGCAUGGAGCCGGCGUUUUUGUCCGCGCGGAUCCGCUCGAUCUAGCUUGCAAUAAAAAACUCUUACAAGCAGCGUCCAAAAACAUGAAUCAGUGAUCGACAUGCAACACAAGCCUCGCGGCCGUAUUGAGGUACUGUGAUUCUUUCUCUUCUUGCAUGCUACUUCUUAGAAACUUAGGCAGUCUUCCCAGUUCCUAGUGUGUUUCGAAGUGUCGUCUAUUCCAGACACAAGCUACUGCUACUGAGUCAUAUUUCCCGAUGCUGAAGUUUCUCUUGGUAGCCAGUAGGGAAGAAGAGUUUCUGAUAGGCUCAAAAACUUACAAGACGAGAUUGAGUUCAAUUGAGUUUAAGCUGCCUUGGCUGUGGUGGACUUGAUCAAGAAGCUGAUUAAAGUCCCAUAACUCUCUGCAUAUGGUAUGUUAUAAAUACUAAAAAUUCUUAUUGGUUGUGAAAUUAAUUAAUGAAAAAAUUAGAUAAAAUAUAA